CACAGCGUCGCAUUCUGUCAAAUUUUUGGAACUUCACUUUUCAUUAUUUUGCUGAUAUUAUCCGUUAAGAAUGAGAAAAAAAGACAACAAAGAGCGGAAAUCCCCUCAGGGUAAACCGUAUAGUGAAGUUGAACACAUCGUGAAUUCUCGCGAGCAGUAUCUUUUCUCGAAAGAGUGGAAACCAGAUGGAAACCCAAGUGCCCUACUAUUCAUAUGUCAUGGUGUUGCUGAACAUUGUUUACGCUAUGACGAUAUCGCCAAGAGAUAUAAUGAUCUCGGAAUACUGGUGUUUGCUCAUGAUCACAUUGGCCACGGUCAGAGUGAAGGGGAUCGGGUCCAUCUGACUGACUUUAUGCACUAUGUUGAAGAUGUUAUACAGCAUGUCACAGAAAAACAAAAGCUCUAUCCUGACAUCCCAGUAUUCAUAUAUGGACAUUCCAUGGGCGGUGCGAUAACCAUCAGGGCCAUGAUGGAGAAGCCGACAUUAUUCCGGGGCGCUGUCCUCUCAGGUCCUGCUGUCAUUCCAAGCCCCGAGACAGCCACCACAACCAGGGUGUUUAUUGCACGGAUUUUAGGCAGGAUCUACCCUCAAUGUCCUAUUGGAAAGUUGGAUGAUUCUUUCAUAUGCAGAGACAAAGAAGUGAUAAAAUCUUACCAGAACGACCCUCUUGUUUAUCAUGGAUACAUGAAAGCAAAAUGGGGUCUGUGCACUCUCUCCUGUCUACAGUACAUCCAAGCUCACCUCAACACCAUUGAAUGGCCAUUCCUCAUCCUUCACGGUGACGAGGACAAGUUGUGUUCCUUGGAGGGCUCACAGGUGUUAUAUGACAGAGCAGCCAGUACUGAUAAGACCAUCAAGGUGUAUAAAGGUGCGUAUCACCAACUGCAUCACGAGCCGGAGGGAGUCGGUGAGCAGAGCGUCGACGAAAUGGUCAACUGGGUCAAGGAACGCAUGUGAUAGAACGUCACGUUUUGGAAGAGUUUACACAACUGGGCCAAGUUGCUCAAUCAGUGUAAGAGACAAAUACCAACGUUGGCUCAAGUAUGUGCUAUCUCCUUCAGUGAAUGUCAUUAACAAAAGUAGCGUGAGGACUGAACUGCAAAGCCAGCGUUACAGCUAACGCAAUUGAGCAACAAGGCCCUGCAUGAUUAUAACAUCAUUCUCUUAUAACACCCUUCCAUAGUUUACGGUGUGGUCUAAUGUAUUAAGAUAUACAAUGCAAGAUCUGAAGUAUUUAGAGUAAGGUCUGAAUUUUUGGAAUGUCAUUUUUACACAUGUUUUCCAGCUUUUUAUGGCCGUUUUCUCAAAUUUUUUAAUACGCUUGCAUAAUAUGCGCGAGGACACUCUCAAUAGACUUCCUUUCAGUGGCUGGAUUGUUGAAGGACACUGACCUGAAACAUUCUCAGUGUUUUAUAAUGAUGAAUUUUCAUCCUUCUCUCCUGGAUAAUGAUGCCAAAUUUCUUGUGCUACAAAUUUGAGAUUUGGAAUGGUGUAUCCUAAGUUAUGUAAGUGAACGGCCUUGAUAUCUUCAUGUACAACUGAACUCGACCUCAAACUCUUCUUUCUUAAAUACAGACAUAAUAUUUCACGGAGACAACUCUAUAAUAUGACUUGUAUAUCAAGAUUGUCUUGAUUUUGGUAGCCAAACUCCCCGGUCAGUUCUUUGCCCACUGAAUGUGAUAAGAGAGUGUCCCGCAGUUCCUUAUUCUUGUUGGUAGUGUUGUUAAUGCCUUUUAUUCAUAUCAGUACAUCAUUGAAGCAAUAAUGCAUGCUUAUUCCAGUUUGCUGCUGAUGUAUGCUGACAUCUAUAGUAAUAGUAAAGUGUUGAUCAGAUGUAGGUGUAGCCAAGGAUAGACAAAGAUUUAUGAUAUUAUUUCAAACCUAUACUCGAUGUAGCCUUGCACCUGUAUUACCUCUUUCUUCGGUUUACAUUUAGGAUUCAGGAGCAUCGUUUGUUUUAUGUUUGUUUAUUGACUCGGGUUUGAAAACGUGCGAUUUUUUUAUGAGCAUGAAAAGUGACAUGUAAAAGCUAAGCCCAAUCUUUGGAAAGGACUUGUUUGUUCUUCAUGUCUUGCUAAUCAUUCACCCAUGUCAAAUCAAUUAUAGAGGUUUCAGUAGGCUACUCCGAUAUGACUCGUUUGAUUGGGCAGGUGUUUGAACCUGUAAAAUUGAUAGCUCGUCAGUUUUGAGCAGGCAAGUAAGAUGUGACUCGGUUGAGUGGAGAACAUUUUGACUCUGUAAUAUGGAUUGCACUUGGACAUGUAGGGCCAAAUUCAUAAAGGGCGUUUAUGGAUUAGACGUGUACAACUGCUCUCUAAUCAGUUUCAGGGCCUAUUCAUAUUCUGUGAAGAUUGACAUGAAGGGCCUGAAUCUGCCUAUUCAGUAGUUAAAUGCCCUUUAUGAAUUUGGCCCAUAGUUACCAGGUUACUGAUUGUCUGGGACCAAGGAAGUCGGUGUUGUGUAAUAAUGCAAGUCUCCUCAUGUCUUUUUGCACCAAUUUUGUGCAUUCUUCCAAACAUUCUAAAUCGUGCUCAAUAACAUUCUUGUUAUUCUUUUGAAUAUUCACUCCAACAUACCAGGAACUAGAUAUUGUUUAGGGUGAUUUAUGUUUAUCAAUGGCUUACUUCAAAUAAAAUUCCUAAUAUUGCCUUUGUAAUGUGACAUGAAUGUUCUUCCACUUUUGUUUAUGAAUUUUGUUCUAAGUUGUAAACAAUGUUUAUUGCUGAGCAGGUCUGAUGGUGGUAUUGUAUGCGUUAUAAUAUAAGUGGCCUCAGGUGAACUUUGUAUAUUUGCCAUACAUUAUGUAUUAAAAUUUUAGUUUAUCUUCAAUA